AUGAUAUUCGGCCUUGCCAUCACUGCCCUUGCUUUCGUAGUGAUUUUGAUAUCGUGGAUUUACAAAAGAUUUUUCGAGGUAAGUUUUUUUUUUCCCUCAAAAUCGGUUUUUCCGAAGAGCAAAGCCGACGGUGUCCGAUUCUUCACACUCGCUUGAUUGCAAAUGAACUCUUGACCUACGCAAAAUACAGGCUAUUUUUCAGCGUAAGUUUUAAUGUGUUAUGCGUGAAUCAUGUUUACCAGUAUCUUAUAUGUCUUUCUAUUGAAAUUUGUGGUCACUAACAUUCUCAAAACGUAUUGCUUUUCCUCCAGUAAUCCGUUGUCAAUGCACGUUGAAAAAAAAAAAUCGAGCCCAGGAAUACGAAAAAUAACUGGAAAGCUUGCUCAGAGGCUAUAAACUGAACAACUUACGUUUUAGAAUGUAGAGACAAAGGACAGCAACUUCUUGACAUCAGCCUGUCGUUGUUUCAUAGAGGACAUAGAGAGGCUUCCUAGGACAUCGGAAACAGCGAAAAGAGUUCAGUCGUCAACCUUCUGUUUUAGUCUGUUUCAUUUUCUUUAAUUCGGACCCUCUUCAAGUUUAAUUUUUGCAGAAGGAAAAACUAAACCGUGAAAGAAAUAAUCACUGACUUUAAUCUGUGAUCGCUUAUAUUAUAGAUUUACUUCUGGCAAAAUGAUUCUGGGGAAAUUAUCGCAGGAACUGGUUUCAGGACCUUUUCACCAACACUUAUAGCAUUCAAAGAUGAAAGCUUGAAGAAAUUUGGAAUGUACUUGCUCCGAUUUUUGCCCGGGCCUCCAAAACUGUAAGUAUUAUUAGAAAGUUCACAUUAUGUAAAGAUCAUAUGUGUAAUAUUUUCGACUUAGAUGUUUUUUUUUUGUUGUUGUUUUUUUUUAAUUUCGACUUUUCAUCAAAUUUCCUAAAUUCAAUACUUGCACAUUUAGAUUUUUGUUUCGGCAGUGUCCCGAAGCGUGACACUUUUUGUCUUUUCAGUAGUUUGGGGGGAAAAAUUGUCCCUGGCCUUCACUCAUUUACAUGUCAUCUAAGUAGACUCCACUAUUGGCAGAUUUUGUUUGACGAGUGGUUUGGCCAACAUAUUUAGCUGUACUUGCUAGUUUACUUCAUUGGCAACAUCGUUGCGUGAUUGUAUUAAAGCGUGUCCGGUAUUUUCAGUUGUUUUGCCUCAAGUUCUAUUCAUGUACCUAUAUUCUGUUAUUUAUUUAUUUAUUUCUAGCAUUACUACUUCGUUAGAUCCAAAUAUGUGUUAAUUUUUCUCUUGACCACAGCAUCAUAACAGAUCCACAAAUCGCUGUGAAAUUUAUGGCAAAACAGCAUAAGUAUGAGCGUUUAAAAGACUUCAGAUUGGGAAGUGUGUUUCGCCAGCUGUUUGGUCACGCAGCCGGGACGGCAAGUGGUGAUGCCCAUAAGCGGAUACGGAGUGCAUUUGAUCCGUGUUACAGCACAGAGAGUGUGGCACAGGCAGUGGAUAUGAUGGAACAGGAAUGUAGACAGUAUUUAAAUCAGAUGGUUCAAGAUAAACAGGUAUUAAUUUAAUGUUUCUGGUGCUUCAUAACCCGCCGGGGGAUUACUGCGUUUAAUAUAUGCUGAUGGGGUGUGCCAUUGGAUGGGGUUGUAUUUACACCAAUGGAUUGACUACAAUGAGGUUGCUUUUAGAGUUUCUAGAAGGUGGUAGCACAUUUUCGGGAUUUUGGUGGAUGAGAACAUCUCCUGGUAAAUAGGGGUUUAGAAAUGGAAAGAUUCGCGCUUUAAUAGUUGUUACCGCGACAAAAGAAAGUGACUUACUUGGGGUUCGAUUAUUCUAAAAAAUUCCUUGAAAACUGCGUUUUCCUAAAAGUGACUAAGAUGGAGUUUACAAUUAGCCAGCGACACGUAUCCAUCAUGAAUUGACCCAAGUACCCCCACCAUUUAAAGAAAAGCAACUUACUUUGCUGUAUUGCCAGCCUUGUAUUUAGUUUUGUUUACUGAAUUCCCACUUCAAGUUUUGUCUGGUAUCAGCAUCUCUACAUUUGAGAUCCGGCAAGAAAGAACCAGUCGGUUUUAAUUACGUUCUGAGUGGAACUCUGCAUUCAAGGGUAUUUAUUUUAACGUACUUUCGUCACCGGAUUUCGGUUCGAUGAAAACAACGUUUCCCAAAUGCCAUUACUCAAAAGUCACCCAAUUUCCAGGGUUUGUUCCCGAAUCUCACGCCUUUUUGCUCUAAAAAAUCGAAUCCUGACCUUCUAAUGGUUUCAAUAAUCUGGUUCCUUACUGAAUACCAUUUGGGGGUUGGGGGCAAUGGACGGUCACGGUAAAAGCAGCAUACGGAGCUUCCGGCUUGUGUUAUUGUUGUUUAAAGCUCUAUUUUUACAAAUAAAGCUCAAGGGGAACCACGAGCCGCAGGCGAGUGGUUUCUAUGGUUUAUAAGAGUGUAGACAGUGGAAAAUUGUGGUCGAUUUGUCUUUUACAAUAACAUUUUUUUUCGAAAAACCAAAACAAAACAACCGGCACUGCGUGAAAUGUUACGUCAUUUCCAGGUUCUAUACUCUCAUAAACCAUAGCUCUCGACCAAUCAACGCGCGAGGAUUCGUUCAGUUAUUGUAAAAAGAGCGUUUGUACUCAUCUCUGCAUGAUAUGCGUUGCGCGAUUAGAGAGCAUUAGAGAGAUAAAGCAUCACCCAACCUUAACGUGCAUACGCAAGAGGCAGAGAUGGGAAAGAUGACCACAUGACCAUCUUUCCCGCCUUGUUUGCCUCCGCCAUUUGCAGUCAUGUUACAACGUAACAGUAAGCGUUUUUUCACGAAUAAAAUACGGAAGCAAAGACUCUCUUUAUUAUGUCGGCAGUAUAGGGAAAACUUAGGAAACGCACUGCCUCAUACCCUUUUUCAGAUCAAAAGUCCAAUGGGAUAACCACCAGAUCAACACACGCUCCCUAGCACCUGUCAAUUGUAAUAUGAAUAAGUCAGCACAUGGUCAGUCUCCUUUUUUUGCCAUCAUGCAACACUCCUCCCCUAAAAAAGAAGACUACCAUCCCGGUGGGGGCGGGAGCACUCUACAAAGUUUUAUGCAGGGAGGCUGCCCCCGGGGUUCCACCGGUCUUACCCGUUUAUAUACCAUUUUUGGUACGACUUCCAUAAAUUCAGCUUGUGAUAUCAGUGGCUUGUUUCGCCAUUUCAGGGUUUCAUAAGAAUGGCUGAUCUGAUUCAACUGACAUUUAAAAUACUAAUGAAGUUCACAUACGGAAGAGACAUAACUGCAGACGAGCUUCAGGAGUUACUCGAUCUCAGAGCUUUGGUGGAAUCACUUAUCGGAGAUACUUUCUCAAACCCUUUUGUCAAGUUUCCGCUUUAUAAAUACAUG